AGUAUAUCGCUUAUCUCAUUAUAUAGUUAUACGCAGCCUUUUCCAAAAUGACAACAAAGAUGAAAGACUUAUUUCACUUUUUUAAAUUGAAGUUUUUCUCUUUUGUCAUAUAUUCAAAAGUUACCUAUUGAUCAUAGUAACUGCUUGGAGAAUACAUAUUGUAAAAAAAUUGUGAUUAAAGGAUUUUUAUGUGCAGUUGUGCGAGUGAAAAAUGAGCUGUAAUUACGCCGAUGGCUUAUCACCAUAUGCCAAUAAAGGAGUGUUAGGUGUUCCAGAGCAAUUCGACAACGAAUCUGAAAUCAAUGAAAAGGUAAACAAAUUAGCAGAAUGGCUACAAGACGCUAAGCAUGUUGUCGUGCAUACGGGAGCAGGUAUAAGUACCUCGGCCGGUAUACCUGACUUCAGAGGUCCGAAUGGUGUCUGGACUUUAGAAAGAAAAGGGGAGAAACCAAAUGUGAAUGUAUCGUUUAAUGAUGCGAUACCCACUACAACGCAUAUGGCUUUACGGGGUCUAAUAAGCAAAGGUUAUAUACAAUAUAUAGUUAGUCAAAAUAUCGAUGGUUUGCAUAUGAAAUCAGGUGUUACGAGGAAUUGCAUAUCCGAAUUGCAUGGCAAUAUAUUUGUCGAGCAAUGCAAUAAAUGUCGUCAUCAGUUCGUAAGACCCUCAACUACAGGAACGGUCGGACAAAAGCCUUGUGGCGGUGCUUGCCGCCGUCGCUGUCGGGGCGGCAUUCUCUUGGAUAAUGUCCUCGACUGGGAACAUGAUUUGCCCGAGAGAGAUUUAGAUAUGGCACUUAUGCAUUCCACUCUGGCAGAUAUAAAUAUUACGUUAGGUACCACUUUACAAAUCAUUCCUAGCGGCAAUCUGCCCCUGAAGAAUAAGAAAAAUGGCGGAAAAUUGAUUAUCUGCAAUCUACAACCUACUAAACACGAUAAAAAAGCAGAUCUCAUAAUUCAUGCUUACGUUGACGAUGUAAUGAGUAAGCUGUGCAAACGUUUGGGUUUAGAAAUUGACGCCUACGAUCCUCUAGAUGAUCCCACUAAACAGCCGACUAACCAUGAUCCAGGGUGGACGAUAAAACCGCAACAGAUCAAAGAUAUUGAAAAAACGUAUAAUGCCAAAUUGAAAAUCGCCGCCGCUCAACGCAAGGCAGAAAAAAAUUCCUUCACAUUUUUCAACGUAAAGGAGCCGUCACCUACGCGAAAGAAAUGUAAAACUGAACUAAGUCAUCUAACUUUAAAAAGUGAAAUCAAAACCGAAAAAUGCUCAGGUGGCACUAUUACAAAUGUGUAAUAUGAAGGUGUAAGGUGUGUUUAUGUACAAUUAGUCGUAAGAAUUUCCUAAUGAACGAAGAUAUCGAUCGGUAGGCAAAAAAAAAAACAAAAAAAAAGUCAAUAUGCUUCACUAAAGAUAAGGUCCAUUACAUUAUCUUGCAUAUUUGUUAUAAAUAAAAAAAAUUCAUAUUAUAGGCAGACACUAUCUCGAAGGAUCGACUAUCUUUCCUUUCCAAGCAAUGCCUCAAGAGGUAUGGAAACUACACACGAGCGAUACUUGAGCCAGUUUCGCUGCGUACCAUUUCGAGGCUUUUCGUUGUCAAAUGGCGAAAUGUUGAAAUUAAAGAUUCUUGAAUGGAGCAACUUACUCCUCAAGUGACUCUUAGCUUUAAUUACUAAUUUUAAUGUUGACGCGUCCUAUCUUUGCCAUACUUGUUCCUGAUCAUUAUUACUUAAAGAGAUCAUGAAUUUUGUUAAUAGUGUUGGAUUUUUAAGUUUGACCUCUUGCGCAUAUACAAUGUGCGACCUUGCAAAUAGUCUUGGGAUGACAAUGGGAUUUGAUUGUUUUUUUUAAGCGUGGGAAUUAAACUCAAGUGCUCAUCUUCUCACGAUGCUUUAUAGAAAUUCGCCAGUAUAUGAGUUUGACGUUAUCUACACAUCAGGAACACAAAAGGAAAAAAAAAACCCGUAGGAAAAGAACAAAAGAAGAUGAUUUUUUUUUUUUAAACUUACAAGUUGCA